AUGGGCGACAGCGUAAAUGAAUGGAAAUCUAAUCCUGUUGGUGUGGUUCCAGUGCUCUUGCAGAAGAGUCGAGUUUCAUCCACACCUAGAGGUAGCCGUGUUUCUGAAGCCGGCGAGAUGGAGGCAGACGAUUUAUUAGUAUCCACUGCGUCUUGGCAGUCGCGUUUGCCCCUCAAAUUGGAAGACAAACCAGCUCUGCCAGCUUGUGCAGGUCGUGGACAAACUCUGAUGGUAAGGGCUGCCUUACCAUCCGGAAGCCGUGGAGACGCGCCAAGAUCGUGGGUGUCGUCAAGCGCAACUGUGACCAUUAAGGCGCACUACAGUUCAGCACUACAAAUAGAGAUUAUCUUCGUUGCUCUCCUUGUUCAUAGAAUGCUGAGAAGAUGAGCGUAGGCAAUAUGGUUUCGUGGAUUCUAAUGUGAGAAACGUCGCAGACGCUGAAGCACACAAGAGUCCGCGUGGUGAAGGCAAAUCACCUGGAAUUGCGCGACCAUUUCUGUCCAGAAAUUACAAUGCGGCCACGAUCUUGGCUUCCAAAGAGUCAAUUUGUCCUAGUACAGCCGCAACAAGCUCUUCUUUUACUUUGCCAUCCGAGACUGGUGGAGCACUGAAGGCGACCAAGAAAAGUCCCCGUGGAGAGCAAGCCUGCGGCAGCGUGGUGGCUCGAGCAAGUACCAACAAAACUACGAAGUCCACGUCAUCGCCGCAGAGACAAUUUGUCCGGGCCACGGGCGAACUGGCCGAGACGCUUCUAACGUCCGAUUUCAGUCAAAAAGAGGUUGGAAAACAGGAAGGCGGCCAAAAUGAAGAAACUGCUGUAUUAUCGCGGUCACCUGCUAAGGGUUCUGCGAGUGUACGCAGUGCUUCUAGUUCCAGCCGUGGAGCAAAGCCGUUUGGCUUGGGUGAUAUCAAGGCCAAGCCGCUUCAGUCGGUCUUGCUGAGUGCGCGCGGACCCGCUCCAGACCUCCGCCGGGCUUUUGCAGAGGCUAAGGCAGUCGCAGACGCCCGGACCGCGUCGGCGAUUGUACGCGUUGUAGGGAGGGUGAGCACACAGGAGGUGCAAAGAACUACGACCACUAGCAAUGCCGCGGGAGAAAGCAGCACGAGGACAUCUUUAUUGGGCACUGGUACGACAAAACACGACAAACCGUCGGACGUCUUUGUCGCACAGAAAACAGCGACCGGCGUUAAUCAGCAGAAGGGCGUAAGCCUGCUCCACAGUGGUUCUUCGUUAAUCGCGUCUGCGAAGACCAUGAGAGUUGCCGCGUUGCCGCUAAGUGCUGCAGUCGCGACUGCAAAGACGAUUCCUCGAUUGCGUCUCGAUUUCACGCCAUUGUCCAGUGCUCGUGGUAGCGAGACAUUGAUGUUGUCCACGAACAACUUUGGCGGUUCUGCUGGCAGAGCAAUCGAAAGCGCCCGCUCCGCAGUGAGCUCGGCCCAGAGCACUUCCACUUUUUCCCCACAACAGCGAGACGCAGGUUACAGGGUGAAGACGUAUAGUGGUAUCGUAGCAGGUGUAGGAUCGACGUCGAUGACACCCCGCGUUCCGAUGGCGGGAUCGUCGAGUGUUCUCGAGUCGCCGAAGUCCGGCGGGUCCCAGUCGCCGAAGCUAACUGCGAAAGUUCAAUUCGAAGAUGAUGUUCGCGAAUUGGAGGCUCGAAGGGCGAAGGGAGUUGUGAUGGGAGAAAGUGUCUCCACGUUAAAAUUGCUCAAGGUCAACAAAAACUCCUAUAGGCCAUUAACGAGAAUCUUGGGGAGGGAACUUCUUGGUAGUUCUCCGCGAAGCAGCUGUCCGACGCGCACGAGUUGUGGGAUGUCCGUGGCAUCCUCUCUGGCUGCUGGAAAGAACAUCCCAUUGGCGGAAUUGCUGCGCAAAAAAUUCGACCCGUCGCCGCGAGAACUGGCGUCGCCUCGACUGCAUGCGGCGCGUCAGUCCCGCACGAUUUUGGCCUACUACGAAGGCGAAGGGAAUGAUACUGCUGAAGAUAAUGCUAAAGAAGAGAGCUCCCCGGCAUCACAAUCAUUUAAAAGCAAAGCAGCAACGAAGAAGAAUGAUGGAGCAGGGGAUGGGGUGAUGAAUGCCUCUACUCAAGACGGUGCUGCACCACAACGGGACAAGAGCACUAGUAGUACUAAUGAUCUUUUGGCGAAGCUUUCCGCGAUCUGCAUUGAAGAUAUCGGGAAAUGGGUGCCGCAGAGUCGGGAGGGGAGCGGAGGCUCAGCCGCAAAGCCGGCUCGCACAAGCUAUCCCUCGAAGUAUCACGCUGUGCCUUCGCGGAAUCGCUUGCAAAAGCCAGAAACUUCGGACCCGGAAUCGAAGAGAGUUGGAGACGCAGAGGCGGCGUCGUCUCUCGAGAUGGGUGCAGAACCGAAAAUCAUGCUCGACGAGAAUGUUAAAGAUGCUAGCGGACUUGAGUAUGGAUGAUGUUUUUUCCAUGCUUGCGACCAUGCUGGCACUCAUUUCAAGGGUGAAAACUGCCAGGAUGGUCUGCCUAGAUGGAAAAUACAACAUUCAUAUUGAGGGAGCGCUAGCACGACAAGGCAGUGCGCGAAACUUUCGCUAUAGGAGCGAUAGUACAACGAGCGAUGCUUUGGGAAACCGCGACAGCUUCGAGUGGGAGCAGAUGAACAAUAUUGACGAGCAGGCCAAUGGAGCUUGUGGGCCACCAUUGCAAAGCGGAUACAUCGAUUGCUCUGCUUCUUCCUCUGACCUGGCAACGGCGGGCGCCGGGGUUGAAGAUCCACUGGGAGACGCUAGCGACGGAAGUGCUCCAAAUCAUGCUGGAGAUUGUUCAAGAAAUGGCGAUGUCCUAAGUCAAACGGGAGAUGAAAUAGAUCUCUCCGCGUCUUCCUCUGAAACGGAGGGCGAGACAGAGACUGUCGCGAUUCGCGCAGAACUACAGCUUAAGGCUCUCAUGACCGUAUCUAUACUAGCGUGUCCACAAAUUUAUCGCCUUCAAAGCUGGUUUUUACCGUGUUUCUUCUUCUAGGACUUUGAGGGCAUCCAUGUCAAAGAGCAACAUUUGUUUGAGAAAAGAGUUUUCAAGAUAGAAGUUAGACAGCGAGCUCUCCAUAAACUAGAUACCAGUACCAACCUGUUCUAAACGGCGAGCCAAUAUCCCGCUCUUGCAGCCGGAAUGGAAUCCUUCCCCGAAUAAAGGUAAGGCAGACGGUAGAGGCUCUUGGCCAGAGAAAAAAACUUUUAGUACUCAAAAUGCACAUUGCAUCAUGGCACAAGAGCGGCGAACGCCCUAUGAAGCAGAGUGUGUGCGUCUCGAUAAGGUGCUGCAGAAAGGACUCUGCAAUCAAAAGCUGCAGCUACGCAAGGCGCAAAGAUUCCUUUCAGAGCUUGAGACGGUGGCAGCAGCAUAUGCACGAGCGGAGGAGGCACAGAAGGUAGCGCUUCGACGAUGGGAGGAAGCGAAAGCGUACUGAGCGAUUUGUUAAUUCUUAGAAAGCGCCAUUGAACAGUUCUCCGUCUAAUGUUGUUUCACUGCAAGAUAUGGUAGUCAAAUGACGAUCAUCAGACGAUCACCACUCCGUAUCCUCGAUGUCCUGUUGUCAUCCUCGGCGCCUUGAUGAUGCGUUUCGUCCAUGAUCUAAUCUCAGCUACCCCGUCACUUUUGUUCAGAUUUUUUGUCGCAAUGGGAGGUCAUGACGAGCAAACGAUUGAAGAGUUGGGUUCUCUGGUGCAAAAUCAGAUCACUCCAGGACUACCGGAAAUCGGACGGAACCUCAGAGACUGCUCCACGGCAUUUCGAGAGCGCCUCGCCACUGUCGCCAAGGAAAUGCCGCGACGCCGUUCGCAGGCUAGGCACUUCUACAGUUCUUUUCCUCCUGUGCUUAUUGAAAUAGAUAACGCACACCAACUAGCCACCAAAUCAUACUUCUGGGGAAAAGAGUCAAAGCUGAUUGUACUAAGUACCCAAGUUUACCAUAAUGCUAGCACACAGGUUUUCGCAUCGCGAACGGAUUGAUCGGCUCGACUGUGAAAUCGCAGAGUCGGAUGCCAUAGUGGAGGACCUUGUGCAACUUGCAGACUACGGCGCUCUGCUAGUGAAGGCAUUUGCUAAGGCAGAGAUCAUAUAAUCAAGUCUCUUCAUCACUUGAUUAGGCACUUAUAAUUCUUGGAUUUAGAAGACCAAGAAGUUGUUCAAUUCUAGUAUGCGUUUCUAAUAUGCACACAACCCGAGCACGAGAACUGGAAGCUGUGACGAAGAAGGUAGAGAGAGUGUCCCAGCGUCUUCACGCAAGGAGAUCACAAGAGGAGCGGAAGUUGUCUAACUUAGCGGAGAGUGCUAGUCUAAGCAGCUUAGCCCUGUCUGAUGGUACGCGGACAACCUGCCCGACAGGCCGCAACUCGCUUUUCGCUGAUGUCGAUCCGAGCGCGCCCACGGGGAAGCCACUGGGAAAUCGCUUACGAAUUCUGCUAGAAGCAUUGAUAAGCUAAGUACUUGAUUUUGAGUUGUAGUUCCUUAAGACAAGAGAAGUAUACUAUAUCUUGUUGAAGAAAAAAUGUUCUCGUCAGGAUGGAACCGCUUUAGCCAGCUCGCUUUAGCUAGCUCGCUCUAAUCAUGUCGCAUCUAUCCUCCAAAACAAGCUCUUCAUCGGAAUGUGCAAGCCCUUCUUCUGGAACAAGGGGAGGCAGAGCGUCGUCAAGAAGCCCUUCCCCCGGGACAAGUAAGGCUUAUAGUCAGGCCGCCUCCGCAAGUCGCAGUAGAGAUCAGUCGCCUAAUGGCUCUCCCGUUAGUGGGGCUGCCACGCCGAAAGACUUCUUCUCGAGGAAUCCGCGCACCGAUGCUCGGACCAACUUUCAGGACUUCUUCGGCGCAGCCACGAAGACGGAAUCGUUAAAACGUGCGGCAGCUCUCGCAGCUGUUGACGACCUGACGACCGCAACGAGUUGUACUAGAAGCAGUAGCGAGAUGAUGAAGAUUCCCACAUUUGUCCGGGAGCAAUCGCGCAUUCCCGAGCUAGGCAGAAAGCUGGUAACGAUGCUGCCGCCGGCAGAAGUGAGCGGGGUACCAAAACCCAAAUGGAAAAUUGCGGCUUACUCAGCAGUCACGUCAGCGACAGCACCGGUGGGGCGAGCAGUGACGGCUUCCCUGGCCUUAGAAAGCUAAUGAAAAGUAACAAUAUUAUAUGGGAGGGUGAAUAAAAUCAUAAUGAUCAACUAGAUCGCUUCUACUGGUGAUCUCAGAAGAAAAAACUUGAAAAGGGGCAGUGCCCACGCCUUUGUAGAACAGAAUAUUAUGGAUACUCAAAUUUUGUACAAUAAUCUGGAUAUGCAAUUACGUUAAAAAAGAUUCCUACAUGUGCAGAAUGAAUGCUCUGGUGCAUAUGAUUUUCGUCCAUUUUGCGUGUAUCAAGUUAGCGUGGCGUCUCGUCUCUCAAAUUGCGGACGACUGCUCGAUCCAAUUUGAUUUGCCGCAAGAACAUAUUCAUGAUUUUUACAUAUUCAGGCACAAUUUUGAGACAUAAAUGUAAUGAUAUUGUAUCACUAGCCAAAAUCACGGUUUCAAUGGGAAAAACAAAAGGAUUGAUAUGCAAAAGAUGGAAAAGAUAGACCGCAGAAAAAUAGAGAGAUACUCAAGGGGGUGACGAACACGUUAAAAAGAGUUUGCAUUUGUAGGAUACGCGGAUCAUGGUGCCAAUAACAAUAUGGUAGAUCAGAUGAUUAUCUUCCAUGCUUAAUUGAAAAUCGCACAAGGCAU